CAAUUGGCUGGCAUUUACCAAAAUAGUAACAACAAAUAUAUUUGAAAUUGUUGCAGCUUGCUUCCAAAAUAAACCAAAUAAAAAUAAAACUAAAUAAAAAAAGCAAAUAGGAAACAGUGAUUUGUGAUUAUUUGCUCAGUGUUAGCAAAACGUCACCUGCACUUGAAAAGCGUCAACAGCAAACAAAUUGGCACUCGAAAUUGUUUGCUGACGGACAAGUAAUCCUCCACAUACAUACAUACAUUCAUACAAACCUACACACACUCACUCCACGAUGCAACAACUUCUGGUAAUCCAUUAGAGGCAAUGGAUGUGAUUGACUGACAACAUAAACUAAAAUACAUAUUUAUUUAUCAUUGCAAUAAUUUGUUAUUUCCGACGAUUUACCUCGCCAGCACUCUCCUCUAAUAUUUACCUGCUACAUACACUUAUUGUGCUUGUGUACUUUUGUAACUAUUGUGCUGACAUUUACGUAAAAUACCAGAAAUACAAAGCAGCAGUGACGUUUACGCCCUACAUUUACCUACAACACAUCAUUGUGAUUGCAAGUUGCAGCAAAAGCAAAAACAAAAACAACGCACAUCAACUUCAAGAUUCUCUAUUCAGGCCAUACAUUUCGCACAUCGUCGCCAAAAUUGUACUUAAAUCAGAGAUUCGUCGCCAAAAUGAUUGGACGUUUAUUUCGUGCACACGGUGAAUUUUGUGCGUCCCAUCCGUGGGAGGUGAUUGUGGCGCUACUAACACUGACGGCAUGCAUGCUGACAGUUGACAAACCAGCUGGCGGCGUCGGUGUUGGCGUUGGUCCUGACGUCGCUGGCAUGGGUGUUGGUGUAGGUGUGGGUGCUGCCUCUACUGCAACCUCAUCCGCGUCGUCGUCCUCAUCGUCUGUGCCGCCAUCCACAACCGCAUCAUCGGCAACAUCUAGUAGGCAUCGACCGUGUCACGGUUGGAGUCAGUCGUGCGAUGGCCUGGAAGCCGAAUACAAUGCGGCUGAUGUAAUACUGAUGACGAUUGUACGCUGCACGGCAGUGCUCUAUUGCUACUACCAGUUUUGCAGCCUGCACAAGCUCGGUUCCAAGUACAUUUUAGGAAUCGCUGGACUAUUUACAGUCUUCUCGAGUUUUAUAUUUACGACAACUAUAAUAAAGUUCCUGGGCAGCGAUAUCUCCGAUUUAAAAGAUGCUCUCUUCUUUAUGCUGCUGCUCAUCGAUCUCUCGAAUUCAGGCACGCUUGCGCAAUUAGCUUUAACCGGCACCAAUCAGGCUGAAGUGACGAAUAACAUAGCGCGCGGCUUAGAGCUACUGGGGCCAGCCAUAUCUUUGGACACCAUUGUCGAGACGCUUGUCAUCGGCGUGGGCACGCUGUCUGGCGUACAGCGUUUGGAGGUGCUGUGCACAUUCGCCGUUAUGUCGGUGAUUGUUAAUUAUGUGGUCUUUAUGACCUUCUUCCCCGCAUGUUUGUCACUCAUACUCGAUUUGUCACGCAAUGGCAUGGACAUGUCAAUGGUGCGUGCCAAAGCCAAAGACUCUAUCCUCUUGAAGGCAUUGAACGAUGAAGAGCAAAAGACUAAUCCAGUGGUGCAACGUGUAAAAAUCAUAAUGACCACCGGACUGAUGAUUGUGCAUAUUUACAGCCGCAUGGUGUUCUCGAGUACUGAAUACGAUACGGUGGAAAAGACUUUGACACCACAAUUAAAUUUAAAUAUAAACACUAAUCGUACGGAGUCGGGGGAAUUGACGGAUAUGAUUAUUAAAUGGCUCACCAUGAGUGCUGACCAGAUUGUCAUACUCAUUCUUCUCAUCGCUUUAGUAGUUAAAUUUAUAUUUUUUGAGCACCGCAAUGAACUGCACGAUCAACUACGUCAAACCACAGUCGCUCUAGCUGUAAAAUCGUCCCAAACGCAACCUUUGCAAGACACGGCUACUCUUGCUGCCAUGGAUAUGAAAAUAUCCGCGCCACAAAUCAAUGCUACUGACGUGUUGAAUGCGCCUCAACCUGCCACUAAAGUUCCUCAAUUGGUUGUGUCGCCUGCUGUCGGCGAUUCGCGUCCUCAUCGCGUACCACUAUUUACAAUCGAAGAACAUAACUUUGUUAAUGCAUCAACACAAACUGAACUCAUAACCGAUGCGAAUCAAUCGAUGGCACUGCAGCUAUGUCCACGUCAACCAAUUCCACCGCGCACACUGCAAGAAUGCCUAGAAAUUUUGCAAUCUCUCGAUGAAUGGGGUGGGCCCGCUAAUCUUACAGACGAAGAAGUUCUCUUAAUCGUUAACUCCGCUGGCAACCACUGUCCAUUGCAUAAAAUCGAAUCAAUUUUAGAUGACCCAGUUCGCGGUGUGCGCAUUCGUAGACAAGUGAUUAGCGCACGCGCUAAAGUGCCCGCCGAACGUUUGGAAUGUCUGCCAUAUUUGAAUUUCGACUAUCGCAAAGUAAUGAAUGCCUGCUGUGAAAAUGUACUUGGCUAUGUGCCCAUCCCAGUUGGUUAUGCAGGUCCUUUGCUGCUUGAUGGCAGUAAAUAUUUUGUACCCAUGGCUACGACCGAAGGCGCACUAGUCGCCUCAACGAAUCGCGGUUGUAAAGCGCUAUCCGUGCGCGGAGUUACGUCGUAUGUGGAGGAUGUUGGCAUGACACGUGCACCCUGCGUACGCUUUGCAAACGUUUCACGCGCAGCCGAAGCGAAAAGAUGGAUUAACGAUGAAAAUAAUUACAAAAAAAUUAAAUGUGAAUUCGAUUCAACAUCGCGCUUCGGUCGCUUGAAGGAGUGUCUGAUCGCAAUGGAUGGACCGCAGCUGUAUAUACGUUUUGUAGCGUUAACCGGUGAUGCUAUGGGUAUGAAUAUGGUGUCGAAGGGCGCUGAGAUGGCGCUGAAAUGUAUCAAAAAAGAAUUUCCUGAUAUGCAAAUUAUAUCGUUGAGUGGCAAUUUCUGCUGCGACAAGAAGCCGGCGGCCAUCAAUUGGAUCAAAGGACGUGGCAAGCGUGUGGUAACUGAAUGCAUAAUUUCCGCGCAAACGCUGCGCACUGUACUGAAAACGGACGCCAAAACACUGGUGGAGUGCAAUAAGUUGAAGAAUAUGUCCGGCAGUGCCAUGGCGGGCAGUGUAGGUGGAAACAAUGCACAUGCAGCCAAUAUGGUGACAGCCGUUUUUCUCGCCACUGGCCAAGAUCCAGCGCAAAAUGUUACAUCGAGCAAUUGCUCUACGGGCAUGGAAUGCUGUGGCGAUAACAAUGAAGACUUAUACAUGACCUGCACAAUGCCCUCACUGGAAGUGGGCACCGUUGGCGGUGGCACAGUGCUGCCCGGUCAGGGCGCGUGUCUCGAUAUGCUUGGUGUGCGCGGUGCUAAUCAAGAGCAUCCUGGAGAGAAUGCAAAGAAAUUGGCACAAAUUGUAUGCGCCACAGUGAUGGCGGGUGAACUGAGUCUUAUGGCAGCGCUGGUGAAUAGUGAUCUCGUAAAGAGUCACAUGCGUCACAAUAGGUCUUCCAUAGCAAUUAGUGGCAAAAUUAAUCCUCUGAACGUCACCGUGUCAAGCUGCAGUAAUAUCAGCUAAGAUUGCAGCAUACGCUCCACUUGUUAGCCCAACAAUUCUUAUGUAUACAGUUAUUGUGCAAGCAUGAGUUGUAUAUACGCACAAAUUUCGUUAGAAAAAAGCACAACGGCAGCGCCGAAGGCAACCUGAAGCUAACAGCAAUCCCUAACUAUGAACUGUGUACAGUCAAAUCCAGAGACUAUCGCUUAACGAAUUAGCCUAUUGAGGUGCGGGCUACUGGAUCGCUUAGCAGACUCCUUCUAAAGCAUAUGUAUAUGUUAAAGUGUGUACCCUCUUUUUUAAACAUAGAAAAACAAACGCUGUUGGUAAAAAUCAUGCGUAGCAAAAGAUGCCAAAGUAUUUGAAAGUGAUGUUUUACUGAAUGUGAAUGAAAAAAAAAAAUAUAUAUAUAUAUAUAUAUUACUUUAUCACUUUCUUUUUUGAAAAAAAUAACAAGCAAAAUAUGUAUGUUACUAUUAAAAAUUAAAGAAAAACACAAAUAUAGUAGUUUGUUAAAUUUGCAACGACAAUUAUAUUUGAACAGAAUUAUUUCUGUAGAUAGUAGAGUAGUGAGAGUAAGAAAAGAAAACAGAAAUGCAUGCAAAAUGUGUUACCAACUACUAAUUAAAUACAUACACACAUGUGGUGGCAUUUAAGCUUAGAGCAGAAGAGCUUCAAAUAAAUUUCAAAUCUAAACCUGGCUAAUAUCAAUGGAACAAAAAAUAUGAGUAUAUAUAAAUAUAUAGUUAUACAACUCAUAGCAAUUUUUAGGAAUAUCUUUUAGUCGUAUUACAGUGAAGCGUUACAAUGAUUAACUUUUCAAACAUCAAAAGUUCAAAUUGAAUGCGCAUAUUCGUAUGCACGGUGCUGUAUGAAUAAAAAUUUUGUAUAACAAAUCAUAGCUAUUAAAAUCAAAAAUAAAUACUGUUGACUUGCUUCAAAAGUGUAUGAACUCAAAUGUGGUUAUUUAUAAAAUGAUAUACUAAAAAUGUUCACAGAGCGAUACCU